AAGCAAAAAGAGUUCACCCGACGACGACGCUGGUCAGCCUGGCCCGCUCGCUGGCGCCCAAGGAUGGCACGUCUCUUGUGGCUCGUUCUGCUUGCAGCCACCGCCUCGGGCCGAUGGUCGUCUUCGCGCAAGCACUCCACGGGAAACGGCUGCGGAUUUCAGAGCUGCCCGGCGUUGUCCAAUGACUACUUGAACGUGCACAUCAUCUGCCACAGCCAUUUGGAUGCUGGCUGGUUGGAUACCGUCGGCAAUAUCUUCACGUCCAAUGUACAGCACAUUUACGCCUCCGUGCGGGAGAGCCUGAUGAAGUAUCCCGCAGCGCAGGUUCGUCAGCGCCGAGAACGUCUUCUUCAGCCGGUGGCUUAGAAUGCAGACGAACUACCAGGCCAGCGAGUCUGUCCACGAGCUCGUCCGAGCCGGUAGGCUUCAGUUUGUAGGUGGCGGGUGGACUCAGAACGACGAAGCUGUGACGCACUACACGGCCAUCGUUGAUCAGAUGACGAUGGGACUGCGCUUCCUGAACCACACGUUCGGCGAGUGCGGCAACGUCAAGGUGGCCUGGCAGAUCGACCCGUUCGGCCACUCGAAGGCAUUCGCCGCACUCGUCGCGGAGAUGGGCUUCGACUGUCUGGUGGUGAGCAGGGUGCACCAUGCGCUAGCGAAUCACUGGCGAGACAGCAAGAGACUAGAGUUUGUCUGGAAGCCGCAGCCCGAGAUUGGCUCCAGUCACGACAUGUUCACCAUGAUAAUGUACGGAAACACCUACACUGUGCCGUCAGAGUUCUGCGUCCAGGACUACUACUGCUCCGUGUACGACAGCCAGGCUGGCGUCGUUCAAAUGGCGGAGGAUAUACUGAAGCUGGUCUUCAAGCAGAGCGCGGCCUACGCAACCAACAACAUCGCCAUCUACAUCGGCGGUGACCUGGCCUUCCAGAACGCGGAUCGCUGGUUCAACCAGGUGGACGCCAGCAUCAAGGCCGUCAAUGAGGUGGCUCGCAAGAAGGGCCACCGAGUACGCGCCACGUACUCGACGCCGCUGUGCUACCUCGGGGCGCUGCACGCCUCCAAUCGGUCGUGGCCCGUGUACCGCGGCGACCUGGUUCCGUACGCGGACAUACCGGGCCGCACCUGGGUGGGGUUCUAUUCGAGUCGACCCAACCUGAAGGAGUACGCCCGAUAUGCCAACGGGUUCUUGCAGGUUCGGCACCACGCAUAUUAG